UGCGAAACUAGGAUCACGUGGCCAUUUUAUGGUUUAUUUCGAUGUACACCGCGCCUCAGUUUAACAAAGAUGCUAAAACGAAACUAGGAUUACAAAUUGAAAAGUGCGGCAAUUGUUAAACUAAUGAAUAGAUAUUCUUUAAACACUGGCUCAUGUUCAUGCCAGCGUAAUAUUAGUGUAGUAGAGGAUUAUCUUCGCUGUGCCCCGUGCCCUCCUCCGAUGAUGUCCUACGAGGAAUUCAGGAAUCACACGCUUAACAUGUUACCAAAGAUAGAUAUGUGUAUUAUAAGCAAAAGGUGUAUACGAGGCAACAGUACUGCAUAUGCUAUCGACUGUCCAGCAUCCCUAUUUGACAACUGUCCUGAGACAACUACGAAAUCAAAAGAUCCGAUAGUUGAUGCGUCUUUUAAUGUCACUAUUGUUGUGAUAAUUAGUAUUACAUUUGCAGUUAUUGUAAUAAUUACUGUUGUAUUCAUUGUCCUGAGGAGAAAAGGAAAGUGUCGGUGUAAAUGCAAUGAUGAAUCAGUUUUAUGUCUAUCUGGAGAACUAGGAUGUUUUGAAAAAAGCACGAAAGGGACAUAUUCUGAAGCAUCUCAAGAAACAGAAGAGAACCAGUUAUCAAACAUGGGCGAACCUGAUGAGGACGAGAAUGAAGCUGAGAAUAAAGGCGCAGAAAGAAAUAUCACAAAAACUGUUGAAACUAUUGAAAUUGAAGUUUUCCACGAUGUAUCUGAACCAAAUAUGAAUGAACACUCGGAAACCAGAGAUACUUUCAAAAAUGAUUCCGACAGCGACAGUGACUCUAAAUUUGAAAUGGCACUUGAAAGUGUGGUAUAAGCUUAUUGGAUUUGCUCGAAGUUAACUUCAAGUUAAUUUCAAUGGAAGUCUGGUAACGAAAUUUACUUUUACUUUAUUGGAAAUAAUGGAUUUUGUAUCACACGUGCAUUUCUCAUUAUUCAACUAUGACCGGAACUCAGAGUAAAAAACGAACUGAAAACGUGUGCUCGUGAUUUUAUCAUCGGCGUCGGUGUUACCCAUUUUAUCAACACAUUUCACAAAAAGUGAAUCUUGUUGUUUAUGUACGUUCAUGUGUUCAUUGUGUGAUUUCAAAAUACAUUGCUUAAACAAUAAUUAUGAUGCAUGUUAUAAGUUUUAAUUCCUAUAUAUUUUAUAUAUUUAGACAAAUGAAUUUGUAAUGGAACACAUAAAAAGUACAGUUCUGUUAUUAAAGGAACAUUAAGCUUAAAAAAUAAACAAAUAUUUCUGUCUGUACAAGGACAAUCAUCUGUUUGACAAUGGUGUAAUAUUGGAUUAAGAAUAUGAGAGAUUCUUAUAACCUAAAGAAAACAGCGACAAAUAUGAAAUAAUUUGUAUGUAAUACAAAGUGGAUUUACGACUUCCAUACAAAAUGCUUUAUCACUUUAAGUGUACAUGUACUUUUUUACGAAUCGCAAAAGAAGCAUAAUAUGGCUCUGGUGUCUAGUCAAUGAGUAACUUUUUGUAAACUGUAACAAAGAACCAAAAAUAUAGAGUUUUUGAAAAAUAAAAAUAAUAACAUUUAGAGGCUUAAUGGAUGUUUUACUUAUUAUUGAUACAAGUUCAAAAAUAAGCGGGGUCAUUAACGGAAUUAUAAACAGUGUUUUAAACAAACGUUUUGUGGUGCUCCGAUAUUCUUGACUUUUUGUCCUUUUUUCACCAUAAAUUGCUAUUAGUUCUAAAGUUUAAUCAAAGUAUAUUGAAAAACUCAAGGCAUUUACAUGCAAAAGAGUUACUAUCAGUUUUAAACAAAAUACAUUAACAUACAUCAUUAUAAUAAUAUAUUGAGACAACAAAAAUAUUAUUUACGGUAUAUGAUUUGAAUCAAAAUCUAUAAAUGAACUCAACAAAAAAGCUGAGAUCAACAUUAUUUGAAGACUAAACCAUUGAGAAUAACAAGAAUUACAUUUAUUUAUUUUAAGGGAU